UGUUAAAAUUAUGUCAUAGACUUUAUAGAUUAAAUAAUAACUCUAAAAUUUUAAUAUUAUAUAAUCUCUAUCAUAACGCAUUUAUAAGUUUUCAAUGUAUAUCAUAGGUACUUUACAAGGAAUUUUGACUUUUUCACAAAGCGUGGUAUUGGAGGGCCCCGACCUCUGCCUGGAGUUGGCAACCUCUGGGAAAUGUAUUUCACCUCGAUGCCUGAGUUGGAAUUGCAGCGCUACAAAAAAUAUGGCAAAAUAUACGGCGUAUUCGAGGGCAAUAAACCGAUACUGAGAAUCGGUGACCCGGAGCUCGUCAAACAGAUUAUGGUAAAAGACUUUCACGUGUAUCAAACCCGUCGCGCGGGCUCUAACGCCAGACACCCGGUGGCCGAUCUCAUUAUAUCCCAGGUAUGCUGU